AUGGCAUCGAAACACCUGAUUCACGACGAUGACAUUCAAGAUGCGCACGAACACAAUCGAGCACGUCUAGGAUGGGACCGAGAGGACUUUAUUAAUGAGUACGUCACUUCCUGGGACCAAUACGUAAACGAACUUCUCGGUUCACAGACCGAAACGCAUGAUCCACUCAUCGAUGGGAAUAGGCCUAAUAUUUACGGCUCGUUUCAAGAGACAAGCGCUGAUAUUGAGCGAUGGACGACAGGAGAAGCGCCGCAUCAGUCCAAGGAGGGGGCAAUCCCUGCAGUAGAAGCCAACGUUUGUUACGGCAUGAUCUCCGGGGCUGCUAUCCGCCUUCGUGGCGAGAUGGCGGAGCUUCAUCGCAGAAUCAACAGCGUUGCAUCGUCUCUAAUUCCAGGCCAUGCGCAAAUGAUUAUCGUCAAGCCCGAAGACCAUUUCCUGGUCGCUUUCCAGGAUGGAGCGGUCGUAGGAGACGCGAAUGCUCAGUUAGAUGGAGCGUUGACGAGCAUCGCAGAACAUGGCUACGAGAUUGAUCUGGAGGUCUUUGCACCAAUAAGUAUCAUAGAAGAGACUAUAGGUCGUGCUACCAAACAAAAAGAGGCUGUAGUACGGGUACAGGUGAUUGUGUACGGUCCACGCACAGCUGCUUCCGAUAUUGGUAGAGAGCUUUCGCAGCGAAAGAUCUAUCUGCAACGUCCUGUUCACAUACGAGAUGGGUAUCGGUACGAGAAUCCACAUGUUCUCACCCUUGCCGGAUUCCAUGGCUCAACGCCUGAGAUACCAGCCACCACAGAAGAACCUUUCUCCGAAAAGGUCGAUCUGCAGACCUUGGAGGGCACUCUCCAGAAUGUGUUUUCCUCCUUGGCGCGAAAUCGCAACCUUCACGGGCUAGAGGGUGACGAGCGCCUCAACACCGACCUUUUGUUGCACCAGAAGACAGCACUCUCUUUCAUGAUUCAGCGCGAGGACGGGCCUAUACCAGAGGAGUAUACGCUUUGGAAGUCCAGCGUAGAAGAUGGACUCCAUUGCUAUCGUCAUGUUCUGACGAAAGGACGUUCCAUGCUUAAGCCCAAAGAAACUGGCGGUGGUAUCCUGGCAGACGAGAUGGGAAUGGGAAAGACUCUCUCUAUAUUAGCCCUUGUACUACGCACACUGAACGCUGCGCACGCUUGGGCUUUGAGCGUCGAUGAUCUCAACGAUGUGAAUUCGGAAAUACGAAGGAAGAGACGCCGCUCCGGAGCGACUCUGAUUGUUGCAUCAUCGGACCGUGAGUAUAUCAUCCUUGCGAUAUAG